UUUGGAUAUAUCUUUGAAUAUGUUAUACAUAGCUACAUAAACAACAGACCAACGUUGUUUUUUUGCAUUUUUAAAAAUAAUUAUAUUUAUAAAGCGACUCCAAAUGUUAAAAGAAUUUAUACAUAUGGGGUUAAAUUAUUGAUAUUCGAGUGUAAGACCCGGGUCGUGCUUUGCUAGCAAGGAGGCUAACUAUCCAUUUUAGAACCAUGGCAAGUGCAACCAGUGCUAACCUGAAUGCAGUCCGAGAGACCAUGGACGUGCUGCUAGAGAUCUCCAGGCUGCUUAACACUGGCUUAGACAUGGAAUCGCUGUCUAUCUGUGUGAGACUAUGUGAGCAGGGCAUUAACCCAGAAGCUCUGUCUUCAGUCAUUAAGGAGCUGAGGAAAGCUUCCGAAACCCUCAAGGCUCCUGAAAACUGCACAAAUUAAAAGAUCCUGCCUCCACUUCUGAUCUUAAAUGGAAUGCUCGUGUUUCUUCCACCUGAUGGGGGCACCAAACAUUUUGCUCUCCCCUUGCUUGUCUCCUGUCAUGUCCUAGAAAGCAGAUGCCAAUCAAUCUGAAUGUUUUCCCUUCAAAAGAGUACUAUCAACUUGCUGUAAACGAAUACUUCAUCAUCUAAAAUAAUCCUGUUUUAUGCUGUUUAAUCAUGAUUUAAAUAAGUGUCAUUUGUUUUUAUAUAUAUUUUGUAAACAUAUUAUAUCGUGUAUCAUUUUUUCCAGACAGCACAGAGGCCACUAGAUGGUGCUGCAACACUUAUUCCAAUCUGCAUUAUUUCGAUUUCAGGAUUGUCAUUUAAAACAAUGCGAAUUUAAUCUGAAUUUUACGUGAGACGUUUGGAUUCUGAAAGAUUCUGUCAACUAUUUAGAUAUUUCCUUUAUUACACAUGAAAAGUCUUAAGUUUUCAACAUCAAAUGCCAGACGUAUUAAAAACAUUUGAAUAAAACAUGAAUAUAAUGGAACUAGUGUGUUAUUUUGAUC